GUUGCAGGACCGGCUCUCUGUACGCAGGACUAAUGACAGACUCGGACCAGGAUAGACUCGUGCCAAAACGGACCGGCUGAACCGAAUUCUCUUGAUUCUGUCUGUUCUGUGUGAAGGAUCUUAUUAACCGGCUCUCUUGGGCUUGGUUCGGCUCGGCUUGGGGCUCUGCUUCUCUGUUGUGGAUCUGUGUGGUUCCGUCUGUCCUGGCUUGGAGCGAAAUGAUAGGGGUGGGAAACCGGACCGGAACGCGACCGUAUGAAUGAGAGAGAGGGAGAUGGAGAAACUACUGAAGCAGGUGGUGUGUGUCUGUGUGUUAUUCUGUGGGCGAGUUUCCCCUGCAGAGUUAACCUGUGAGACUCUCAUCCUGCUGUCGACCAACCUGACAGCGAGGACGUUGGCGUUGUUUAACCAGACGUUCACCGUCAGCAACACUUCAGGUCUGUACUGUGACCUGUCUGUGGAUGGGAUAGGAACGUGUUGGCCUCGCAGUGCAGCAGGAGAGCUGAUCUCCAGACCCUGUCCUGAACAGUUCAACGGCAUCCACUACAACACCACCAACAAGGUGUACAGAGAGUGUCAGUCCAACGGCAGCUGGGCUCCUCGAGGAAACUACAGUCAGUGCACCGAGAUCAUCGUCCUGAGGAAGAGUAAAGUUCAUUAUCAGGUUGCUGUGAUCAUCAACUACCUGGGACACUGUAUCUCUCUGGGAGCUCUGCUGCUCGCCUUCACACUCUUCAUGAGACUCAGGAGUAUUCGUUGUCUGAGGAACAUCAUCCACUGGAAUCUGAUCUCCGCGUUCAUCCUGAGGAACGCCACCUGGUUCAUCGUCCAGCUGACCAUGAACCCCGCUGUAACAGAGAGCAACCAGGUGUGGUGCAGGUUGGUGACAGCAGGUUAUAAUUAUUUCCAUGUAACAAACUUCUUCUGGAUGUUUGGUGAAGGUUGUUAUCUUCACACGGCAGUCGUCCUCACGUACUCCACUGACAAACUCAGGAAGUGGAUGUUCAUCUGCAUCGGCUGGGGUAUUCCGUUCCCCAUCAUCGUGUUCUGGGCCUUUGGGAAGCUUUACUACGACAAUGAAAAAUGCUGGUUUGGAAAGAAGGCGGGGGUUUAUACAGACUACAUCUACCAAGGUCCCAUGAUCCUGGUCCUGCUGAUUAACUUUGUCUUCCUGUUCAACAUCGUUCGGAUCCUGAUGACCAAACUGAGGGCAUCAACCACAUCAGAGACCAUGCAGUACAGGAAGGCAGUGAAGGCGACUCUGGUGCUGCUGCCUCUGUUGGGAAUCACCUACAUGUUGUUCUUUGUGAAUCCUGGAGGAGAGGACGAAGUCGCUCAGAUUGUCUUCAUCUACUUUAACUCCAUCUUGGAGUCCUUCCAGGGUUUCUUUGUUUCUGUUUUCUACUGUUUUCUCAACAGUGAGGUGCGGUCUGCGGUCAGGAAGCGUUGGAUCCGUUGGCAGGAUCGUCACUCCUUCCGGAGCCGGGUGGUACGCGCCACGUCAUUACCCACCUCGCCAAGCAGAGUCUCCUUCCACAGCAUCAAACAGUCUUCCAACCUCUGACCUCUAAUAGGUCCGCACUCAUCCAACUACAACAUGUGAUGUCACUCCAGUUAGCCAAUCAGAUGCUUGCUUAACCUGACCAAUGGAUCAGGUUAAACCAGGGAAUUACAAAGCAGGACACAGACUUUUGGAGCCAAUCACCAUGUAAGUCAGGACUCUGUGUGGCCCCGCCCCCUCUUAAUGUACCGACCAAUCACUGGACUCGACCAAUCAGCAGCCUCCACAGCGUUACAGGUGCCCCAUCAAGCAGCAGGACUGUGUUCAUAUAAUUAAUUUAUUGACCUAUCAGUGCUAUAACUGUUCAUGAGCUGAUAUUAUAUUGAUCACCAGCUUUCUCCUGUUUAACAGUCAUAACAGCACACACACAUUAAUUGAUUGAUAUGUCAAACAGUCUUCAGGUGGAUCACUUCGGACCCCCGUGGUGUUUCUGGUUUCAGGUUCUUCAUCAGUUUUGUUCUCACUAUCAAGAGAGUGAGACAAACACGAUUACGAUUUUGGUUGCCGCAUAAAGCAGAUAAAAACAUCAAACAACAACAAACGAUUCACUUAAAGGUUCUAUGUGGAGAAAUCUACCCCAGUGGCCAUUAAGUGAACUGCGGUCAGAAUCCUGUUGCUAACACCGUAGGCAUGACCAAUCAUCGACUAAAUAAAAGACAUAACUGUGUCAGAAACCACAUACUAACGUUCUGCCUACUACAUACUCAAACAACAUAUACUACUGCUUAUUAACCCAACCAACAGUAUGCUACUAAUCACUAUAUAGUGCACUCAAUGUAACCCACAAUGCAUUGUGAAAAGUAAUGUACAAUGGUCACUAUGCAAGCAAUAUAUACCAUCAUGCAUUGCAGUUCAAAGCUUUUUGUGAGUGGAAAUUGGCGUUUGACUUUCAGACGGGCGAUAGGAGCGAGCAGCGUGAACACAGAACACAUAAAUAUGGAAAAGUGAACAUAGUGGGGCACUUUCACUAAAAUCAACAAGCUGCUUUAAUAAAGAAUGAAGAAUUUUCAACAGAGUAAAGUUAGUUUUUCCGAUAGAUGAUGACAGGCAUGAGACCAGAGUGUGUAAGCACAAAUAAAUGAGUUUUAGUGUGAACAUAUGUUUCAUUAUUUAUUUUAAAAAAUCUGUGUUUAUUUUUUUAUUUUUAACUGUUUUUGUUCAAAUGCACAGUGUAAUGUUAGUAAUCACUGAAAUUCAUGCCGUUAUUUACCGUUAUUAUUGAUCCUCUGCCGGCAUUAAAGGCAGGGUUGGUCAUUUACUCCAGAUCCACUUUUUAAGAUUUUGGUUGAAAUCGUCUUUAGGUCCUGACAGAAAUUAAUAACUCAUGUUCUCUGCGAAAGAAACAAAGAAAAUCUGUCAUCUGUAGCAGUUUGUAAGCCUGUAAAAACUUUGACCAAUGUCUGCCACGAGGUACCAAUCUGAUGAACCAAUCACACACGCCUCCCUGCUCGUUGCUUGCACUAGCCCAGACUGAAAGCGAGCCACUAAUGACGGAGUUUAUACUGUGAGUUUGACGUUUGUCGUUGUGAGUCGUAAAACAGUGGCAUUUUUUUUUUUUACAAGUAUUAUUAUAAAGUUCAGUGUUUACUUCCCACUGAAUGAGACAUGAGACGACGUAGUUUCUGCACAAUGCAAACGAUGAGCUGAGGUCCGCUUCUGGAGAAACGGCGCUCGUGCAUGUAAGUGAGGGGGCGUGGCUUUUGAGGGAGCACAGAGGGGAGGGGCUUGGUGCAGACGGAGCACUGAGGGAAUGCUACUUUCAAAAUCAUGCUAGUUUUAAAAAAAUUACCAACCCUGCCUUUAAGCUACAAGUUUUAGUUUAGGGACAGCAAUGACAUCACUGUCAGCGGCCGGCCAGUGAGCGAGCAGUGUCUGAAGUGUUUUUUAAUUGUGGUGAAUGAGUGCACUAUAAAGUCCACUACAUAUAACUCCCUGUAUAGUGAGUAAGGAGUAGGGAAUGAGUGUGUGUGAUUUCAGACACAACCUUUGUUGCUUGUGAAGUAUUUCUACAUAAACUCCUCCACAGUGUUUUGGUGUACUUCAGCAUGAACACCGAUUGGACAUCAGACAAUUACUGCAGCACUUUAAAAACACACCGGAGAUCGUGAUCUCUGAAUCUGAAAAAUAUAUAUUUUUUAUAAACUGCGACGGAUGAACAAACACAUACAUAUUCUUAAUUGAAUUAAACAGUCUGAGAACAAAGAUUCACUGAAAUUAUAUUUUGAUAAGUUUGUGAGCAUCAGGACUGGCUGCAGGAGUUUAUCCUCGAUUUGUUGCAGACUUGCUUUUGUACUUUGAAUAUUUGCACUUUCCAUGCGAUGAGCGCUGUACACAAUAGUUUAAAAAUAAAUAUAUAUAUGAUAUUUAAUAUAGAUUCAUCUUUAAUUGUAAAGUUGUGCACAUUUGGACUGUGCAGAGUUAACUGUAUCUUAAAGUAAACAAAACUUUGCCCUCAUAGAGAAAAGUAUCGUACUAACAGUAACAGCAGUAACCGUGGUAACCGUAGCAUAGUAGGUAGCAGUAGGUGUGUGUAGACAGAAACACUCAGGAUGAAACAUGAACUGCUACUCUUCCUUCUGGACCUGAAGUUGUCCUUUACGUGUGUGUGCGUGUGUGUGUGUGUGUGUGUGUGUGUGAGAGAGAGAGAGAGUUUUUGUGUGUGCAUGGUUGUGUUAAUGAAUGUGUUUAUAUUGGUAUUAUGAUAACUAUGACAUCACUGGCAUUAUUUGCUGGAAAUUGCUUGAACAAUAUCUGAUAUAAAGACAUUUUGUAAAUACUUGUUUAUAAUAUUUGCAGAUUAAAUAUCGUUUAAAUUCUGAUAUCAGGGGCACUUUGUUCUAUUCACCAGAUACUAAAGUAAAGUCAUGUUUAAAGAACACCUGAGUGGAUUUUUAAGUGGCAUCAGCUGGAUACUAUAUACAUAUGUGAGACUCCUCUGUGUCUUUUGAUGUCUUAUAUUUAAUCAAUAAAUCGAUCCAAAUGAUACGAGUCA